CCUCUCUUCCACGCAUAAACCAUCUUCGUUUACAGUUAAAUCAAUUUUCCCCUAUAUUUUCGGAAAAGAUGCGGAGGUUCAUUCCGGCGACGGCAGUAUUGUCGGAAAAAACUAAAUACUCUCUUCCAUUGCGGCGAUGGCGAUGGCGGUGCUUCUCUCAGGUGGCUCAAAAGGAGUUUGAUAACAAAGGUGGCGUUGUGGUUCCCAAAAUGCCUUCCUUUGAUUAUGCUCCGCCGCCUUACACCGGUCCCUCCGCCGCGGAGAUCCUCUCCAAAAGGAAGGAGUAUCUUAGCCCCGCCAUGUUCUACUUGUACAAUAAACCCCUGAAUGUAGUGGAUGGGAGGAUGCAGUAUUUGUUCGAUGAAAAUGGGAGAAGAUACUUGGAUGCAUUUGGAGGGAUAGCUACGGUGUGUUGUGGCCAUUGCCAUCCUCAUGUGGUGGACGCCAUUGUUAACCAAACCAAGCGCUUGCAACACUCAACUAUCCUUUACCUUAACCAUGCCAUCGCUGAUCUUGCCGAAGCCCUUGCUAAUAAGUUGUCCGGCAAUCUCAAGGUUGUGUUCUUUACAAAUUCAGGGACAGAAGCUAACGAAUUGGCAAUAAUGAUGGCAAGAUUAUAUACUGGAUGUCAUGACAUAAUAUCAUUGAGGAAUGCAUAUCAUGGGAAUGCAGCAGGGACUAUGGGAGCCACUGCCCAAAGUAACUGGAAGUUCAAUGUUAUACAGAGUGGUGUUCAUCAUGCCAUAAACCCGGAUCCAUACCGAGGUGUUUUCGGUUCCGAAGGAGAGAAGUACGCGAAAGAUAUCCAAGAUCUUAUCCAGUUCGGAACUUCGGGCAACAUCGCCGGUUUCAUUUCCGAAGCUAUACAGGGAGUUGGUGGAAUCAUAGAAUUAGCCCCAGGUUACUUACCUGCUGCUUAUAACAUUAUAAAGAAAGCUGGAGGUCUUUGCAUUGCUGAUGAGGUUCAAGGGGGGUUCGGUCGCACCGGUAGCCAUUUCUGGGGAUUCGAGAAUCACGGCGUUGUACCUGACAUUGUCACAAUGGCAAAGGGGAUCGGAAAUGGCAUCCCUCUAGGCGCUGUGAUAACCACUCCCGAGAUCGCGGAGGUCUUGACCCGACGAAAUUACUUCAACACCUUUGGUGGGAACCCUGUAUGUACGGCUGCAGGGUUAGCCGUUUUGAACGUAAUCGAAAAAGAAAAGCUUCAAGACAAUGCCUUCGUCGUAGGAUCUUAUUUGAAAGAGAGACUAAUUGCACUAAAAGAUAAACAUGACCUUAUCGGGGAUGUGAGAGGACGAGGAUUGAUGCUUGGAGUCGAACUUGUCACCGAUCACGAGCUCAAGACACCGGCAAAGCUUGAAACACUUCAUUUAUUGGACCAAAUGAAAGAGAUCGGUGUAUUGGUUGGGAAAGGUGGAUUUUAUGGCAAUGUAUUUAGAAUUACACCUCCACUUUGCUUUACUACGGAAGAUGCAGAUUUUCUUGUAGAUGUUAUGGAUUACGCCAUGUCAAAGAUGUAACGCCUCCAUUAUUCUUUCGUGCAAACGAGGUUGUAGCUCAAUAAUAUGAGGAAGGAUAACAAAGAAAUGAUUACACGAAUCAAUUAAGUUAAGCCUCAAACAACUUACGAAGCGCUUUAUUUAAAUGUAGAAAAAAAUAGAUUAUAAUUAGACGUUAAGUUUGAUAUUAUCAAUACGUAUCAUAAACUGCCUUAUAUGUAAAAAUCAUCAAUGCAUCUAUCUUCAAUAAAUUUAACAAAUUGACCCCAAAAGAUUUUGGGUCUCAAA